AUGACAGUAAAAUGCCCAAAACUAGCAAAAGGAAAUAAUGACACAGAAAAAGUGCGGUUUGUUUUUCCAGAUGAAAUAUUCUCUGUGCAUACUGGAAAAGAAAUGCUUGUGGUUUUGCUGAAUGGAAAAGUAUUCAAAAAACAAGAGCGCACAGCAGAAAUAACAGAAAUCCCAGAAGACAAGAGAUAUGUUGAAAUAUUUGAUUUGAAGGAAGUUAUCAAACACACAGAAACAAUAGACAAGAAAGUAUAUAUAAUUACGCCCACCACACUUUAUAGAACAAGCAUUUCAGGUGAACAGGAAAAAGAGAGCACUCUUUAUACACUACACAAAGACGAUUUCUCCAAAACAUGUGCGUUUUCAAUAGCUGAAGACGAAAGUAUGAUGGUGUAUGGCGAUUAUGAAGGAAAAAUUACUGUAAAACAGGAAGACAGCCAGUAUGACUACACCGAGCACGAAGAUGCAAUUGUUGACAUCGUAAUACUUAAAAGAGUAAUAUUCACAGCAAGUGAGGACGGAAUGCUUCUUAAAACAAAAAUAGGAGAAACUGAGCCAAAAGAUGCAUAUGAAAUAGGAAAGCCAAUCCGAUACUUAGGCAAGUUAGAUAAUAAAAUGGUUAUUUUAGAUGCAUAUGGAACUCCAUAUGUUCUAAGCAAAGCCAUAAACGACUUAAAAAAAGAAAAAAAGCUGAUAAGAAAGAUAACAGAUGUGCAAAAAAUACAUAAUUCUCUGUAUGUGUCACACAACAACGAGUACUAUAGAAUAACAACGUACAAAUCUGCUACUAGAAUACAGAUACCUGCCAAAAGAAUAGAUGGCCUUUUUGUUUAUAAAAACCAACUAUACUUUUAUGCAGGAGAGGAGGUCUCCGGCUGGGAAGUGAAAAAGCCAACAGAGCUCGAGGAGUUUUUUGAAGAUUUAUAAGAAAAAAGUGCUAUAAAACAUGCCUAGGUAUAAAUAAAUCAUACACAACAUCAUAAUCUACUUAAAAUCAUCUUUAAACAGCGAGAAACUGCAUGAAGAUAUACAUAAUAUUUA